GCUCCUUUGCGUCAUUUCCGUUUCCAAUCUUAUACGGAAAUGGCGGCAGUGAUCAUGGCUGCCGCCGCGACGGUGAAGCCAACAAAAGAGCGUCUGUUGAAUGUUUUGGACGAUUUGGAGGUUUUGUCUCGGGAACUGAUCGAGAUGCUGGCUCUGUCGCGAAGUCAGAAACUCCCACAGCCCGGCGAGGACACUCAGAUCCUGGAGCUGCUGGUGCAGCGUGACCGCGAGUUCCAGGACCUGAUGGAGGUGGCCCAACGGCAGGGCAAGGUGCACCAGGAGAUGCAGCAGCUGGAAAAGGAGGUGGAGAAGCGAGACAGCGACAUCCAGCAGUUGCAGAAGCAGCUCAAGGAGGCCGAGCACAUCCUGGCGACAGCCGUUUACCAGGCCAAGGAGAAGCUCAAGUCCAUCGAGCGAGCCAGGAAACUGUCGGCGGGCAUGCUGCCGCCGCACCACGCCGGCGACUUCGGUUUGGAGCCGCCCGGGCACAACAAGGAGAACGAGGAUGACGUGGAGGCCAUGUCCACGGACUCCUCCAGCAGCAGCAGCGACUCGGACUGAAAGAUCUUUGCGUGCGUGCCUUUGUCGUGUUCUUAAUUAUUUUUGUUAAUAAAACUUUUGAGUCGAAAUGUGUUUUGUACAGAUAUUUAUUUGAUGAUGUAAAAAGGAAAGAAUGGGCUUUGUAAUUCAACUACAAGUUUGUUUGCUGGGGACACCGGAGUUUACCUUUUCCC